UGUACGCUCACUCUUUCGUCUCAAGCUCGAAUGCUCAAUGCUCUCCGCGUUCAUGGCGGCGACUUCCCCUUCUCUCCUCCUCCUCGCCUCCUCCCUCACCUCCUCCUCAUCCUCCCCCUCCCGCUUCUCCAUUAGAGCCCACCUUUCCUCCCCUAGACCCUCGCCUCUCCGACCUCUCCUUCUCCAUUCCCCACUCUCGUCUUCUCCUCCCCGGAGACCUUUUUUUCCGAUCAAGUUCCAUCCAGACCUUCUCUCCGCCGCCCGUGACUCUCUCUUCGUGUUUGUCGCCUCCCUCGCGCUGUCCGUCUCCGUCUUCGUCUCUGACGCUGGAUCGGCAGCGGCCUUCGUUGUGACGUCGCCGCGGAAGCUGCAGUCCGAUGAGCUCGCCACCGUCAGGCUCUUCCAGGAGAACACCCCGUCCGUUGUCUACAUCACCAACCUCGCCGUCCGGCAGGAUGCUUUCACGCUGGAUGUUCUGGAGGUCCCGCAGGGGUCGGGGUCCGGGUUCGUGUGGGAUAAGGAUGGGCAUAUUGUUACCAAUUACCAUGUAAUUCGUGGCGCUUCUGAUCUCAGGGUCACCCUUGCUGAUCAAGCAACUUAUGAAGCCAAGGUUGUUGGAUUUGAUCAGGACAAGGAUGUUGCUGUUUUGCGUAUUGAUGCUCCAAAAGACAAGUUGAGGCCCAUCCCAGUGGGUGUCUCUGCAGAUCUGCUAGUUGGACAGAAAGUAUAUGCCAUAGGAAAUCCUUUUGGUCUUGAUCACACACUUACAACUGGUGUCAUUAGUGGCCUCCGGAGGGAAAUCAGUUCUGCCGCCACUGGGCGUCCUAUACAGGACGUUAUACAGACUGAUGCUGCCAUUAAUCCUGGGAAUAGUGGAGGGCCAUUGCUUGAUAGUUCUGGAAAUUUGAUUGGCAUAAAUACUGCAAUUUACUCACCAUCUGGAGCAUCAUCUGGUGUUGGAUUUUCAAUCCCGGUUGAUACAGUUAAUGGCAUUGUUGAUCAGCUUGUAAGAUUUGGCAAAGUUACUAGACCCAUUUUAGGCAUCAAAUUUGCACCAGAUCAGUCUGUUGAGCAGCUAGGAGUUAGUGGAGUGCUUGUAUUAGAUGCUCCGGCAGAUGGUCCAGCUGGGAAAGCGGGUUUGCAACCAACAAAACGAGAUGCCUAUGGUCGACUUAUAUUAGGAGAUAUAAUAACAUCUGUAAAUGGCAAAAAAAUCACUAAUGGGAGUGACUUGUACAGAAUACUGGACCAAUGUAAAGUUGGUGAGAAGGUAAUUGUUGAGGUAUUGCGGGGUGAUCAUAAGGAGAAAUUCCCGGUAGUCCUUGAGCCAAAGCCGGAUGAGUCAUAGGCAUCAUAAAUUUAUGAAACUCGACAACUUAGUUUAUUGCGAUAUUUUACCCCUCUCAUUGUUCAAUGUAUAACAGAAAUGCAUUGCUUGUAAUUCACCAUGUUAAUGUAUCUCUGCUAUCAGUUAUCCAGAGUGCUGGACAAGUGGCUGUGUGUAUAUUAUGGUUGUACACUGUAUAAUUUGCAUUGCUAAAUGCUACAUACACAUCAAUAUCAUUAAUGGAUCUCUUGCCCAUCUGAGCUUGAAGCUUGUUUUUUU